ACGCCUCACGGCAGCAGAGAUGGAGCUGCAGCUGGAAAGCAACACAAGAAGACGAGCAGCAGAGUGAAGCUGUGGGAUUUGGAGAACUCCGGUUCAUGUCUGCAGAUCACAGUGAGGACGUGUGUGAGGACAGAAGAAGAAGAAGAAAAGAAAAGAAAAUCUAGAAGAGUUCUGGGAUCUGGACGUUUAUGUGUAAAAUAAGAAAUGGCAGAAAAAGACGAAGAGAAGAUUUCUGAUGAGUCUGCAGGAAAUGGAAAGGAAACACCGAACGGAGGAAACAAUCCGGCUAAAACCAAAGAGGACUUGGACCUGGCCUCCGUCUAUGUGUCGGACGCUCAGUACAACAGAAACAUCUUCUUUGACACGUCCCCUCAAGCUGUGAGACUCUACCUGCUCUACAACCACUGGGUCCUGAAGGUUCUUCUUUACUUCUUCAUCCUGGCGGACCUGUUUCUGGCCGUGUUCGAGGAGCCGGCCGUCUUCCCUCUGCCCAUCUGGGCAACCAUGUUGGUGGAGCUGGUCUGUGUCCUAGUCUUCACGCUCCGGAUCGUUCACUAUGCCAAGGUGAUCCCAAGAGACAAGUUCUGGAAGGACGCCAAGAACAUCUGCAUCAUCGUAGUCCUUGUGCUCACUCUGGUCGACAUGAUCAUCUACGGAGGACUCAAAGCUGCCGACUGUUAUGGCCUGCGCUGGUCCAGAGUCCUGCGUCCUCUCCUAUUGGUCAACGUCACAGAGGGACGACAGCUGCGCCGGGCAUUCAGAAACAUCCGGAAUGCUCUGCCUCAAAUCUUCUACGUCUUUCUGCUCUUCAUGUUCAGUGUCCUCAUGUUCUCCCUCAUGGCUCUCAAGCUCUUUGCGAAAAGAAAUUUGACCAUGAUUGACGGCACGCCGUACUUCACCAACUACCUGGAGGUGGUGUUUGACCUGUACGUUUUGGUCACCACAGCCAACAGUCCUGAUGUCAUGAUGCCAGCAUACAACUCUAGCUUCCUCUUUACCAUCUUCUUUAUCGUGUACAUCCUCAUCAACACCUACAUCUUCAUGUCUGUCUUUUUGGCUGUUGUCUACAACAACUACAAAAAAUACCUCAAGGCGGAGGUACGGCAGCUGGUGAGAGCCAAGCGACACAAGAUGGUGCGAGCGUUUGCUGUCCUGCAGGAGCGUAGCGCUGAAGGUGAAGGUGAACCAGUCGUGACGAAGGCCAACUGGAACCAAGUGGUGCGACUGGUGCGACCCGACAUCAGUAACGCCCACAGGGAGCUGCUGUGGAGCGUCUCCGAUGACAAAAACCAGGGCUUCAUCGGAAAGGUGGCGUUUGUCCAGCUGGCAGACUUGCUCAACAUCGAGGUCAUCACCUUAAAGUCUAGGCCACACCCACUUAGUGUUUUAUGCCCAGCCUUCUACCUGUCGGCGCCCAGCCAACUGGUGUGUCGGAUGGUCCAGCAUCGCGCCUUUGUCAUUGUCUACGACCUCAUCAUCCUGGUGAACGCUGUCUUCAUCGGCCUGGAUGAGGAGAAUCCCAUGAUUGCUAACUCUGAGUGGGUCUUCCUGGGGCUCUACAUGAUCGAGAUCCUGCUCAAGCUCUACGUAAUCGAACCACGGGCGUUCUUUUCCAGACACAGCUUUUGGAACUGGUUCGACACCAUCAUCGUUGUUUCAGCCCUCAUCGCCACCGUCAUCAACUCUGCCAUGAAGUCAUCGGGGGGCUACACGAGUCAACAGAUCCUGGACAUCGUCUUCAUCCUGCGAGUCCUCAGACUGAUCCGAGUUGUGGACAGCAUUGAAAGGUUUCGUACGAUCAUCAACACCUUGAUACGAAUUGGACCAGCCAUUCUGACAUUUGGACAGCUGAUCAUCGUGGUGUAUUAUGUCUUCGCCAUGAUCGGGAUGGAGCUGUUCCAGGGAAAGGUGAAGUUUUAUGACUCCAAUGACCCGGGGAGGAUGAACUGUGGUAACCCUCUGCUGACUGGAACGUCCUUCGCUAAUCUUGGCUACUGCAAAAAUAACUUCAACAACGUGGUUUCCUCUUUCAUCCUGUUGGUGGAGCUCACCGUGGUCAACCAGUGGCAUGUGCUCAGCAGCGGCUUUGCUAUAACCACUCACAAGUCAGCCAGGGUCUUCUUUGUGCUGUUCCACAUCUUGGUGGUCAUCAUCAUCAUCAACAUUUUUGUGGCCUUCGUCCUGGAAGCUUUCUUUGUUGAGUACUCGGUGGAUAAGAGUGACCUCCAGAACUCUGUGGAGAAGAAGAUUGAGGAGCUGCAGCUAGCUGUGGAGCAGGAAAAGUUGCAGGACAACCUGGUCGACGCCAUGGAAACGAUUGACAACGACUUAGGAAACAACCAAUCACGGACAACAAACAAACAAAAGCUGAUGUUCAAAAUCGCAUCAAAAAGGUAUCGAACUGUCGACGCCUUAUUACAACGUAUGUUUGAGGCAGAUCUUGACCCCAAUGACUUUGCUGACAACGAAGAUUGUGAUAAUCCAAACAACGGGAACUUUUCUAACCCCGCGUUCAGUUCUGUGUAAACGCCGGCGUAUAAAUGUAUAUGAAGGGAACCAGAUUCUGCAUCAGAUUCUGCUUUGGACACGGAUUCUGUGUCUGAAACUAUUUUUAUAUUUCCUGUUGAAUUGUCAAAUAUGUAUUUUCACACAAAGAGCAUUUACCCUGCAUUCUAUUUUGCUUCAAAAUGAAAUUCUACAAAGUUUACACUGUGUACAGAAUAAACAUGUACAUUUAAGAAAUAUACUUUUAAACAUGUCUACACACAGACUGAAACUAUUUUAUUUUUAUAAUCAACCUAAAAUAAACUAACACUAAAGACUAAGAUAAAAUUAAAUAAAUU